AUGAAGAUCUGCCUCGAGCGCCUCGUCAACCUCCCCAUGACCGUCCCCACCGCCUGCCUCUACCUCUUGCUCCCCGACUCCAUGCACUCGCACCGGGGGGUCGCGCAGCUGCUCGAAGCUUCCCGGGGGUUUCUGGUGGCGCAUUUCAGGGAUUUGGAGCGCGUGCAUAAAGGGGAGGAGUUUUUGGAGCUGCCGCUGGUGGGCGUGCAGACGCUGCUUGCCAGUGAUGAGCUGAAUGUGUGCGACGAGCUCACGGCGUUUCACGCCAUGGUGGAGUGGCUGAGGCACCACCACGAUGAUCUGGACGACAAGAAGCGGGCAGCCGUGCGACUAGCAGAGCACGUGCGGUUCCCCCUCAUGACGGGCGACGACCUCGAGGACGUGGUGCUCAAGGCACCUGAAGUGGACAGCCCCGAGUGCCAGGCGCUGGUGCGGGAAGCAGCAUGGUUCCAGGCAUACAGCUUGGUGCGGCGCCUGCGCCUCAUGAAUGAGACGGCCGCCACGCACAGGCGCUUCUGGCAGCGCCGCUGGAACCGCAACUCCGUGGGGCACGUGUACUUCGAUAUUCACCUGGAGAGGUUUCAGGCGCUGGCAGUGGCAGCGACGGUGGAGUCUGCCACGUUUGGGAUCGGUGGGAAGCGGUUCUACCUGUCAGCCCGGCACGGCAGGCGGGACGAUGGCACGGAGACGCUAGACAUUUACCUGCACCUGGAGAACAGCCACAGCGUGCAGCCGGAGAUCCAGGUGAGCUUCAUAUUCUACGCCAAGCGGUGGCCCGAGGGCCAAUUCAUCUACCUGCGCGAACGCGAGCAACUGGGGAUCCUGGAGGACGCUGGCAGGGGGCCGGUUGUAGGGGGGUGA